AUAAUGAAUACAUUACGAUUUGUCUGCCAACGAAAUAUCCAUCAAAUUCGUCAAUUUCACAAAUGUAUUAUUCAACAAGAAGCAGCAGUAACAGCUGCAGUUAAUACACCUUCAGUAUCUGAGUCUGUUUCAAAGGACCAACUAACAGUUAGUCCUAAAGUGGAACAAAUUGCUGAUCAGAUUGUUACCUUGAACCUUAUAGAGGCAGCACAAUUAAGUGAUGUACUUAAAAAGAGAUUAAACCUACCAGAUGCUCCUAUGAUGCCCAUGGGAGGUUUUGUUGCUGCUCCACAAGCUGAACAAGAAGAAGAUGAAGUAUCUGAAGUAGUACAGACUGCAUUUACUAUUAAACUAAUAGGUUUUGAUAGCAAACAAAAGGUUGCUCUAAUAAAAGAGAUGAAGACUAUAUUGCCAGAUUGCAAUCUUGUAAAGGCUAAGAAAUUUGUUGAAAGUGUACCAGUCAUAAUAAAAUCUGAUAUUGGCAAAGAAGAAGUUGAACAGUUGAAGGAGGCAAUCACAAAAGUUGGUGGUACUGUUGAAAUUAUUUAA